AUGGACGGUGAUCCGGCUGUUGAGCCUGAGGUCGAUUCAUUCAGUCUUGUUCUCCCUCUCCCUUACAGAGUCGCCAUCAUAAUUGUAUUUGGGAUUUGGGCAUGGGGCCUGAACCAACAUUACCUGCACCUUGUCCAAAUUGAUGUUCUGGCAUUAAUUCGCUAUCCUCCUCGCCAGACGCAACAUCAUAUUCUUCACUAUCAUUCGACCUACCGAUUAGCCACGCUCCUUACAAUUCCGCUGGUCUGCUCUCUCCUUCUCUUCUGGAUUGUCACGCGAGGCUCGAAGCACGCCGCUCUGACAUGGCAGAUCCUUCCCCAAUCCUAUCUGCUCUUCCUGGUUUUAUGUUUUAUCUUACCCUUUAAGCGCAUGUGGCGGACCGGUCGUCUCCAUUUCCUGGCCACGUUGAAAAGAAUCAGCUUGGGCGGGUUGGCAGAAGUUCAAGAUGGGAAAUUUGGGGAUAUUCUUCUGGCCGAUGUGCUCACCAGCUAUGCAAAAGUGUUGGGGGAUCUUUUCGUUUCAACUUGCAUGGCCUUAUCCGCAAAGACAACCAGCACGGCCAAACCCAGUCGUGGGUGUGGCGGAGCAUAUCUCGUUCCGUUGAUCAUCAGCAUCCCCAGCAUGAUCCGGCUACGCCAGUGCUUAAUUGAGUACUACCGAGUUCGACGAAGCCGACCUGCAUCCUCAGGCUGGGGUGGGCAACAUCUGGCAAACGCCUUGAAAUAUGCGAGCGCGUUCCCCGUUAUUAUUUUGAGUGCUCUACAACGCGGUUAUGAUCCAAAGGAGUUUUACAUGAGUGAGGCGGGACUGUUUCGAUUGUGGUUAUUUUUCGUUUUCCUCAACUCGUUCUAUUCCUUCUAUUGGGAUGUGGCCAAGGACUGGGACUUGUCACUCUUUUCUUCGAGCAAGGAACGGAACGACCCGGAAUACCCCUAUGGUUUGAGGCGUCACAGGUAUUUUCAAGCCAAAGAGAUGUACUAUACGGCCAUAUUCAUCGAUCUUCUUCUUCGCUGCACGUGGAGUUUCAAACUCUCGCCGCAUUUGGAUCAUUUCAAUGACCUAGAAGGAGGUAUUUUUUUUAUGGAAUUAUUGGAGGUCGUCCGGCGAUGGAUGUGGGUUUUUUUCAGGGUCGAGACGGAAUGGGUGCGCAACAAUCGUGGCCCGGCGCCAGAUGAUAUCCUCCUGGGGGAAUUUGGAGGCAAAAUAGAUGACGACUAA